AUGGACGUCCCAAUCGCAGCCAACAUUCUCGGCACCAUUGGUGCCAUCUGCUGGUCCGUUCAGCUGAUACCCCAAAUCAUAAUCAACUACCGCCGCCAUCAUACCACAGGUCUGCAACCCUCCAUGAUGCUCCUCUGGGCCUCAGCGGGCGUACCGUUAGGCGUCUACAACAUAACCGAAAGCUUCAACAUCGCGCUACGGAUACAGGCUCAGAUCUUGACGUUUUUAAGCUUACUAACAUGGAGCCAAUGCUACUAUUACGGGAAGCAUUGGAGCCUUAUAAAGUGCGCAGUCAUUCUGGUAGGGAUGUGCACUUUGAUGGGAGGGAUCGAAGUUGCUUUAAUAUUUGCAUUGAAGGCAGCGAUUAAAAGGCAUGUAACAUGGCCCACGACGUUGAUGGCUGUACUUGCAGCAGUCUUGCUUGCCGCGGGUGUUCUUCGCCACUACUGGGACAUCUACACGCACCGUACUGUGCGAGGUAUCAGCUUCAUCUUCGUGGGCAUCGAUGCUGCGGGCGAUUUAUUUUCUCUUGUAUCCGUGUUUUUUCAGACGGAACUCAACGUCCUUGGGAUGGCCAUCUAUGGCACAGAGUUAGCUCUUUGGACCGGUGUCUUCAUCUGCGGCGGGUACUUCAAUCUGCUGCCGUGGGUCAAGGCGAGGGUUAGCACUAGGAGGCAACGCAUAGAGAAUGAGCGGCAAACGCAGAGCCAGCAAGGAGAGAGGGGAACUAUUGCUUUGCAUGAAAUGCCUUCGUCAACAUCGGUGUUCAUGACACCAUCGUCUGGGCUGGUGGAACGAACGGCCACAGGUAACAGAUGA